AAACCUUACAUCGGGUGGUGGCUUUGUUAAUCGCUGUAUAGAACAGAAUAGAAAUACUUUAUUAAUCCCAGAGGGGAACAUUUGGUUAUUUCAGCAGAAAGUGUAAAGUUACCACCAUCUAAAAUACAGAUAAAAAUAAAUGUGCAAGAGUACAAGAAAAAGUGUGCAAAACGUAUAUUUGUAGAAAUAGAUAUUUCCUUACAUAUAAAAAUAAAUAUUUAACUAAGAUAUAAUUGAUUAAUCGGUGGGGAAAGAAGAAAAAGAAAGAAGAUUAUCGGUUGUUGGACGACCUCCUAUUGAGAGCUGUGAUGUCGGAGGCUGGGAGCGGUCCGUGAACGCGUCCUAAUCCAGCCCAGCCGCUGAGUAGCCAUUUUGGUCCCACCUAGAACAGACCGAGCCGCUUCACUUUGGGCCGCCGGAGAUGGAAGAAACCGAGCCGACGGCGAGUGUUUCAGCCUCCCGAAGCUCCUGAACCCCUCCGACUAAAACCUCCAGCGGCGACACUCGACGCCAUGGCUCGUUUCUAGCGGGAAACCAAAAAGAAUCAAGAAAGACAACGAAAAAAGAAAAAAAAAAAGCCUGUGGCGAUUUUUUUUUUUUUUUUUUUUUUUUUGGAAGUGGCGACCGACAGCGCCUUGACGUUACUUUAGUUAGCUUCACGGACUCCGAGCCGAGCGGACACCGAUUCACCGGAGCAGGCCGUGAACCCCGACAAAAUCAAAAAAAGAAAAGCAGCGUUACCGUUAUUAUGCUGGUUGUUGGGGAGGUUUUGUGGCUCUCUCACAGUUCAGCUGCUCGGCUCUAACACGUCCGGUCUCCUCUGAACGUUGUCACGAUCCAUGCUGAGACCGUUCGUCCGGACGGAGCCGCGCAGCGAAGCGAUAAUCUCGUUUUUUCGGGGCGAACGCGGAGGAUUUGGGACGUCGGGCGGACGCUGGCCGAAGAAGGACGAAUAAGAAAGAUGUCAACAAAAACUCCUUUGCCCACCGUCAACGAGAAGGUGACGGAAAGUCACACGUCUCACAGCAAUGGACGUCAGGAGAUCAGCUCGCGCUCGGCUCGGACCGGCGUCCGAUCCCGCAGCUCUGAGGAGCCGCAGCAGCCCCACGUCGGCAACUACCGACUGCUCAAAACCAUCGGCAAGGGCAACUUCGCCAAGGUCAAACUGGCCCGGCACAUCCUCACCGGCAGAGAGGUGGCAAUUAAGAUAAUAGACAAGACGCAGCUGAACCCAAACAGCCUUCAGAAGCUCUUCAGAGAAGUUAGAAUAAUGAAGAUCUUGAAUCAUCCCAAUAUAGUCAAGCUUUUUGAAGUGAUCGAGACGGACAGGACGCUCUACCUGGUGAUGGAGUACGCCAGCGGAGGAGAGGUGUUCGACUACCUGGUUGCACAUGGAAGAAUGAAGGAAAAGGAGGCCAGAGCUAAAUUUAGACAGAUCGUAUCGGCGGUGCAGUACUGCCACCAGAAGCACAUUGUUCACAGGGACCUCAAGGCCGAGAACCUGCUGCUCGACGCCGACAUGAACAUCAAGAUCGCCGACUUCGGCUUCAGCAACGAGUUCACUCUGGGCAACAAGCUGGACACGUUCUGCGGUUCUCCGCCCUACGCAGCGCCCGAGCUCUUCCAGGGGAAGAAGUACGAUGGUCCGGAGGUGGACGUCUGGAGUCUGGGGGUGAUCCUGUACACGCUGGUCAGCGGAUCGCUGCCCUUCGACGGACAGAACCUCAAGGAGCUGCGGGAGCGUGUGCUCAGAGGAAAGUACAGAAUCCCGUUCUACAUGUCCACGGACUGCGAGAACCUCCUGAAACGCUUCCUGGUGCUGAACCCGGCCAAGCGGGGUACUCUCGAGGUGAGGGAGGACGCAGAAAAUCAAAUCAUGAAGGAUCGAUGGAUCAACGCAGGAUUUGAGGAGGACGAGCUCAAGCCUUACACUGAACCAGAGCUGGACAUCACGGAUCAGAAGAGAAUAGAUGUGAUGGUGGGGAUGGGCUACAACCUGGAGGAGAUCCAGGACUCUCUGGCCAAGAUGAAGUACGACGAGAUCACCGCCACCUACCUGCUGCUGGGCAGGAAGGCCUCCGAGCUGGAGCCCAGCGAGUCGGCCUCCAGCAGCAACUUGUCUCUGGCCAAGCCGAGGCCCAACAGCGAGCUGAACGGCCAGUCGCCAUCACACCUCAAAGUCCAGAGGAGCGUCUCCUCCAACCACAAACAGAGGCGCUACAGCGAACAAGUGGGUCAGAACGUCCCUCCGGGGAUGGCUCAUCCUAAGAGGAGUCAGACCACCACGGCGGAGAACAGCGCCAAGGAGGAAGGUGGGGUUCAGCUGCGUAAGCCCAGCACCCCGAGCGGCCGCGGGCCUCCGCCCUCCAGCCCCCUGCUGGGCAACGCCAACAACCCCAACAAGGCCGACAUCCCCGACCGCAGGAAAGGAGCCACCACCGGCCCCAGCAAUAACCCAGCGUCGGCAGGCAUGACCAGGAGGAACACGUAUGUCUGCAGUGACAGAAACAACACGGAUCGCCUCUCCGUCAUCCCCAACGGGAAGGAGAACAGCAGCGUCGCCGUGUCGCCCGGUGGCCAGAGGAACCCGGUGGCGUCGACCCACAGCAUCGCCAACGCCACCACGCCCGACCGCCUCCGCUUCCCCCGGGGCACCGCCAGCCGCAGCACCUUCCACGGCGGCCAGCUGAGGGACCGCCGCACGGCCACAUACAACGGGCCGCCGGCGUCGCCCACGCUGUCCCACGACGCCACGCCGCUGUCCCAGACCCGCAGCCGUGGAACCAGCAACCUCUUCUCCAAACUCACCUCCAAACUCACCCGCAGAAACAUGUCAUUCAGGUUUACCAAAAGAGUCUCAACCGAGUUUGAGAGAAACGGGAGACUUGAGGGCUCAAGUCGCCAUGUACCUGGGGAUCAAAAAGGGGAAAAUAAAGACAGUAAACCCCGCUCCCUCAGAUUCACUUGGAGUAUGAGGACCACCAGCUCCAUGGAGCCUUGCGACAUCAUGCGGGAGAUUCGCAAGGUGCUCGACGCCAACAACUGCGACUACGAGCAGCAAGAGAGCUUCCUGCUUCUUUGCGUCCACGGCGACGGCCGGGCCGAGAACCUGGUCCAGUGGGAGAUGGAGGUGUGCAAGCUGCCGCGGCUCUCCCUCAACGGCGUCCGCUUCAAACGGAUAUCCGGAUCAUCCAUCGCUUUCAAAAACAUUGCUUCCAAAGUUGCCAACGAGUUAAAGCUAUGAACAAAAGGGUUUAAAAAGUAUACAUAUAUAUGUAAAUAUCUAUAUAUAUAUAUGUAUACAUAUAUAUAUAUAUCUAGAAGUAUUUAAGCUGUACAAUCAUCCAAGUAGCAGUUUCCAAAUGUCUCCUUUUUUUAAACAAAUACAGAGUAUGUAUUGAAUAUUAUAAUGUAUAGAUUAAGGCUUUUGGCAAUAAUCACUGAAUUACCUACUAAUAUCUCUGUGGCCACACGGGGUCGACAUUAUAAUAUGAUUUGUCAUGCUGUGAAUGUGGACAAAAAAAGCAUUUCUGGUCUUAUUUAUUUCAUUUUAUUUUCUCUCCUCCUCCUCCUCCUCCUCUCCUGGACAAAGGAAAAAGAUGACGUAGCGUUUCUGUUUUCAGUGUAAAUAAUGUAUCUUUACUUUCGAGACGGCUUCACUGCAAUACUCCUUUUUUUUUUUUUUUUUUUGUUCUUUUGUAUUCCGUUAAAACGUAGAGAUGACGGGAGUCUCCGUGUAAAUGCCCACAUGGUUAAAGGGUCACUCAUGUCUCAAUUAAAGUGUCUGUCAAACUCCGA